UGUUCCCCAUUUAAAUAUGACUGUGCAUCCAAACAGGACUUGAGGCCCAGAUGGACUGCCCUGGAGUCUCUGCUGUGUGGUGCAUUUGCUGGAGCUGUGGCUAAAACCGCCAUUGCACCUCUGGAUAGGACUAAAAUCAUUUUUCAAGUGUCUUCAAAGAGAUUCUCAGCUAAGGAGGCGUUGCGACUCCUCUACUGUACUUACAUGAAGGAUGGGUUCCUCAGUCUUUGGAGAGGAAACUCUGCCACAAUGGUGCGGGUCAUGCCCUAUGCUGCCAUCCAGUUCUGCUCACAUGAACAGUAUAAAAGACUUUUGGGCAGCUACUGUGGCUUGCAGGGCAAAGCACUUCCACCUUUUCCUCGCUUCUUAGCUGGCUCUCUUGCCGGCACCACUGCUGCUAUGCUCACCUACCCUCUGGACCUGGUGCGUGCUAGGAUGGCAGUCACAGCUAAAGAAAUGUACAGCAACAUUCUUCAUGUUUUUGUUCGAAUAUCUCAAGAAGAAGGUGUCAGAACGCUUUAUAGAGGCUUCUCUCCCACAAUCCUUGGUGUGAUCCCGUAUGCUGGAAUUACAUUUUUCACUUAUGAAACCCUAAAAAAACUACACACAGAAAAGACCAGACGAUCACAGCCAUAUCCACAUGAGCGGUUGGCCUUUGGUGCAUGUGCAGGCUUGAUUGGUCAGUCGGCCUCAUAUCCACUGGACAUAGUGCGACGCCGUAUGCAGACAGCAGGGGUCACUGGAUCAUCCUAUUGCACCAUACUUGGGACAAUGAGAGCAAUAGUAACAAGUGAAGGAGUGGUACGUGGACUUUAUAAAGGCCUGAGCAUGAACUGGGUGAAAGGACCUAUUGCAGUGGGGAUUAGUUUCACCACCUUUGACAUAAUGCACAACCUCAUGUUCAAGAUGCAUCAGAUGGGCUUCUUCACACCUUGAAUCUUAGCAAAAACUACAGAUGCGACUCACACAAUGAUGCCGAAGUCUCCUGUACUUAUGACAUGAGGCUGCUCUGCCACGUACUCCUCUGUAUGGAUGGACUUGUAGCCAGAGGUCUGUUGGAGCUGUUCAGGCUGGAUAAACGCACAUGUAAGAUUCACUUUCUUUUGAGUGAGAUCUUACUCAGAAGUGGCUUUAAGUGACUGUAUUCACUUUCAAAAUCAGGGUAUAGAUAUAAGUGCAAAUAUGGUGGAUGGAUUUGAAAUGAUCUGUUUUAUGUGUUAUGUGCAUUAGAUUGUUUGCACUUACGUAUUUCAAUUACUCCCAUGUCAACUGAGAGAUCUUUUGGCAAAUCUUUUGUGGAAUGUAAGAAAUUUGUUUUUAUGUGAGAUUAUGUUCUAUAUGUUUAAAAAAGAAUUAUGAUUUGUAUUGCAAAAAUUGUUUUGCAAGAGUAUAACAGAAUGUAAGGAUUGACUGAAGGAGAAAGAUGUCUAAAGGCCCACACAAUUUCACUAUUCACUACAUCUGUGCUUGAGUGUGUGAGGAAAUCAAGAGGACGUAGUAUUAAUACACCUAAUCAGUUGUACUUACUAGUAUAUGUUUACAAAAAUAUACCAAAGUACUUAUCAAUGCAAUGCACAAAAUGAUAUUAUUUGUAAAUAAUGUUUAUUGGUUUGACACACUUCAACCACUCUAAAAAAAAAUAUGGACUUUGUUCUGUACGCUCAGCUGACCUUGCAAUAAAGUCAGUGUUCAUAAAAAUAUGUGCAG